AGUAUCGCGAUACUGACAGGUUGCACGGAGCCUUCUGCGACGUUCCUGUCGGCUUUUAUUUAUUUUUCUCUCGCCGAAUUUGACUAAAAUGUCAUUUUUAUUUGACAACGUAUCAGUUAAUAAUUGAAGAGAUUUUAUUUUAGACCCGCAGCGGUCAGCACGGAGCAACAUGGAGGCCGCCGAAGGUGUGAGCGCCGCCACGCCCACAGAGGAGAUGAACGGUGCCGGGAACCUGAUGGACUUCCUGGAUGAGCCUUUCCCCGAUGUGAGCACGUACGAGGACUUCCACACCAUUGACUGGCUGAGAGAGAAAUCCAGGGACACGGACCGCCACCGUAAGAUCACCAGCAAGAGCAAAGAGUCCCUCUGGGAGCUGAUUAAGAGCCUGCUGGACGCCUGGUCGGGAUGGGUGGUGAUGCUGCUCAUCGGCCUCCUCUCAGGGACGCUGGCCGGUGUGAUCGACCUUGCCGUGGACUGGAUGACGGAUCUGAAGGAGGGUGUGUGCCUCUCGGCGUUCUGGUACAGCCAUGAGCAGUGCUGCUGGACCUCCAACGAGACCACGUUUGACGACCGGGACAAGUGCCCACAGUGGCAGAAGUGGGCGGAGCUGAUGACAGGCCACGCCGAGGGAGCCGGAGCGUACGUGCUGAACUACUUCCUGUACAUCCUAUGGGCUCUGCUCUUCUCCUUCCUGGCGGUGUCGUUGGUGCGAGUGUUCGCUCCGUACGCCUGCGGGUCGGGAAUCCCGGAGAUCAAGACGAUCCUCAGCGGCUUCAUUAUCCGGGGCUACCUGGGGAAGUGGACCCUGCUGAUCAAGACAGUCACGCUGGUGCUGGCCGUGUCGUCGGGCCUCAGCCUGGGGAAGGAGGGUCCUCUGGUCCAUGUGGCGUGUUGCUGCGGAAACCUCUUCUGCAGCCUUUUCUCCAAGUACAGCAAGAAUGAGGGCAAGAGGCGAGAGGUGCUGUCGGCAGCGGCGGCAGCUGGAGUGUCGGUGGCGUUCGGUGCGCCCAUUGGAGGAGUCCUGUUCAGCCUGGAAGAGGUCAGCUACUACUUCCCUCUGAAGACUCUGUGGCGCUCCUUCUUCGCCGCACUGGUCGCGGCCUUCACGCUGCGCUCUAUCAACCCAUUUGGAAACAGCCGCCUGGUGCUCUUCUAUGUGGAGUACCACACGCCGUGGUACAUGGCCGAGCUGGUGCCCUUUAUCCUGCUUGGCGUCUUCGGCGGCCUCUGGGGGACCCUUUUCAUCCGAGCCAACAUCGCCUGGUGCCGGCGGAGGAAGACCACACAGCUGGGGAAGUACCCGGUCUUGGAGGUGAUCGCAGUAACGGGGAUCACUGCCCUUCUGGCUUACCCCAACCCAUACACCCGCCGCAGCACCAGCGAGCUUAUCUCAGAGCUCUUCAACGACUGCGGCGCGCUCGAGUCAUCGCAGCUCUGCGAUUACGUCAACAACCCCAACAUGAGCCGGCCGGUGGACGACAUCCCGGACCGCCCGGCGGGACCUGGUGUCUACAACGCCCUGUGGCAGCUCACCCUCGCACUCAUCUUCAAGAUCGUUAUCACCAUCUUCACCUUCGGCAUGAAGAUCCCCUCGGGUCUCUUCAUCCCCAGCAUGGCGGUCGGGGCCAUCGCCGGGCGGAUCGUCGGGAUCGCCGUGGAGCAGAUGGCCUACCAUCACCACGACUGGAUCAUUUUCAAGAACUGGUGCCGGCCCGGCGCCGACUGCGUCACGCCGGGACUGUAUGCCAUGGUGGGAGCCGCCGCCUGCCUGGGCGGUGUGACGAGGAUGACCGUCUCGCUGGUGGUCAUCAUGUUUGAGCUCACCGGCGGCUUGGAGUACAUCGUCCCCCUGAUGGCCGCCGCCGUCACCAGCAAGUGGGUGGCAGAUGCAUUCGGUAAGGAGGGCAUCUACGAGUCACACAUCCUGCUAAACGGCUACCCGUACCUGGACGUGCGGGACGAGUUCACCCACCGCACGCUCGCCACCGACGUGAUGCGUCCCCGCAGGAACGACCCGCCGCUGGCUGUCCUCACGCAGGACUCCACGACGGUAGAGGAUGUGGAGACGCUGAUCAAAGACACGGACUACAACGGUUUCCCCGUGGUCGUGUCCAGGGAGUCAGAGAGGCUCAUCGGCUUCGUCCAGCGCAGAGACCUCACGCUCGCCAUCAAGAACGCCCGUCAGAAGCAGGACGGCGUGGUGAGCAGCUCAGUGGUCUACUUCACCGAGGACGCACCGCAACUGCCGGCGAGCAACCCGCAGCCGCUUAAGCUGCGACGCAUCCUCAACCUCAGCCCAUUCACCGUCACCGAUCACACGCCCAUGGAGACCGUGGUGGACAUCUUCCGCAAGCUUGGUCUGCGCCAGUGUCUGGUCACCAGGAGCGGGCGUCUCCUGGGCAUCAUCACCAAGAAGGACGUUUUGCGUCACAUGGCCCAGAUGAUGAACCAGGAUCCAGAGUCCAUCAUGUUCAACUAGCGUGAGAGGCGGGUUUACUGCCCUGAUGGUGUAAAUAUGUCAAACUGGAAAGAUGACGCCAUGCUGCUCUGCUACCUGUGAAAAGCCCCUCCCACCUCCCUCGAUAUCCAAACCCCGCCCCCCCCUGCAGUGGCAGGAAGGCUUUAAAACGUAGUGAAUCUACCUUAACGUCGUUCAUUUGCUGCUGCUCGUUCAGUUUAGAGAUUCGGAUGAAGGGAAACUGCGACUUCAGGGCAGUGUGUGUGUGUGUGUGUGUGGAGUGAAUCGCAGGGUUAACGAUCAUGUCUGAUCAUAUUUAAAUGAAAUUUGGACCUCUGAGGCUCCGUGAUGAUUGUUUUUAUUGAUUCAUGGUGUAGGUUUUAGAGAUUAUCUCAUUCAGAAGGGUGUCUUUAUUCUGCCUAGCUUUCCUGUCUUUUGGAGCUCAAACGGCUCUGUGUGUUAGAUGUGUAUAUUUAACCCUAAAACACUCAGACUUUAUAAAGAUUUAUAAAGUUUUAACAUAUUUGGUGAAGUGCUAUUCACCACAUUUCCAGAUCCAGACCUGUUGAGUGAUCUUCAGACCCGAACCGUCAACAUAUUUAGAAAGUUUAGCUCUUCUUUGAAUCCAAAUUCAACUUUAUCGGUUAAGAAAAUGCACUACAAGUAUCUAUGAAACACACACGCUUCUGAAUGAGAUGAUAUUCAGUCAUAACUGGAAAAUGAUCAUGUGUAUCUUUAAAUCUGGAGGUGAAAUGGGACCAGCUGUGAGGGUCACACACAUCUGGAGCUAAUUUUAUUUGAAGUUGAGGACUUUGUUGCACUUUGUCUUAUUUUGUUGUACGUGUUGCUGCCAUAUUUAUAUAUUACUGCUGCCUGUGUUCAUGCGUCUGGUGGACAUGCCAGCUCCCUCAAACACUAAACCUUGUUUAUUUGUU